AUGAUCAAUACCAUAACCUAUUCAGAUAGGCAUGUUGAUGAUGCAUAUGGCAUACGUAUGACUAGUACUAAUUUAUUUGCUGUACUUGCUCAAAAUAAUGCACUUCGUUAUGCGAUUUCAAUGAUUCCUUUUGAACCAAACUAUAUAUGCCAUUAUAAUUAUAGUGAUUCAAAUUAUUUUAUUAUUAGUAUAGCUGUUGAUCGACGACAAAAAUUUUUCUCAAUUAUCAUUUGUCUAUUCAAGCACAAAUGCAACAGAUGGACAAUAUCAAAAGUUAGUUUUAAUGAAGAUGAAAAUGAGGUGAAAGUAUGGAAACGUAAACCACCUGAACUAUCAACAUUGCAACCCCAUGCACUGGAUGUCAGUGAAGCAAGUGAUGGCUUUUCAAUUGCAAUUGUUGCUGGUUAUCAUCACUUAGAUACUGAAAAAACAUUACCAGCUGUUUAUCUUGUUCGUUCGAAUCCACCCAAUAAUAUGACACUUGUUGAUAAUUAUAUUUUGUAUUCUGAUACUCAAAAAAUUGUUCGUGGACCUUAUGUUUCAACUGAUCAAUUCGAUUGUGUUUUAUCAGUUUCAAUCCAUGAUUCAACUCAACAAGCUUUUGUUGGUGUUCCACAAUUACCACGUUCAACAAGUUGGCUCGACGAUGCUGGUAUACAAGCUGGUUUACUUCUUAGUGAUACAACUACACUUCCUUGGUCAAAAUCUCGAAUACAAGUAAUGAACGUAUCGUCUAAUGAUACAGUAUACGCUUAUCCUAAUAAUCGACAAACAUUAGAACAAUGGUCAAGUUACUAUAGGACAACAGAUGAUAUUAGCAAUCCUUUAAAACUGCCCAUUGCAUGUCCACUUGGAACUUAUAAAAGUGUAUCAGGCCCAACAACACCAUGUAAAAUAUGUCCUACAAUGGCAAAGAGUUAUUCUACUAGUACGGAAUAUUUAGUUGUUUUGAAAGUACGACUCUUUAUUCUGACUUUAGAUUGUAUUGCUUGGUCAUCAGAUUCUUUUUGUCCUCUGGCUUCUAUCAGCGAUGCAAAUAAAUCAGCAAUUCAAUCGAAAAGUCAAGUUUAUGCUUAUCCUACAUCAUCUUCGAUGGCAUCAUUCGAUGAUAUUCUCAUGCAAAAUACAUUUAAUCUAAAAACAUCGACAGAUGCUAAUUUUGCAUGUGGUACAUCAUUGAGAAAUACUCAAUUCAGUUCAGCUCUACAAUUGUCAGCUACAAUUAAAUCCAACAAAGAAACACCUAUAUUCGAUAUGCUUGAUACACAAAAAUUUACUAUGAUUGUCAACUUUUUACAGGCCGGUUACACUUGUAAUGAUGUAACUGCACAGGAAAAUAUUGGCAGUUAUUCAAUAACGCUACCACAAACCAAUUGCAUUAUAAAAUCAGAUAAUGCCGCGCUAACUAUAAUCUAUCGUGUCCCUUAUCAUCAAAUGACGAUACAAUUAAAUUUGGCAGGACCAUACUACAUUGGUGGUGUGUUGAUAUGUCUAACUGGUCCUAGUUCUGCAAUUAAUGAUUCAUCAUGCCUAGUUCAAAAUUUGGACUAUUGUCAAUUAUAUUUUACAUCUAAUCAAACUCUUGGUCAGACUACAGAAAUUAAUUUCGACCUAACAAAGUCUAUCAAUCAAACAGAAUCAUUAGACUAUAGUGGUGCAACUAAUUACAGUAGUAUAUGGAUUCUAACUUCGAUUCAUGGAUCACUAAAUGAUUAUCUUGUUUAUUUACAACGUGGAGCUUUUCUUCGCUAUUUAUAUACGCAACAUACAAUUAUGAUUACUUUCAGUGAAACAGAAUUUGAAUUUGAUGUCAUCAAUAAACAAGAACCUAUCGUAUGA